CGGAAGUGACGUUGGACAAUCGCCGGCCAUUUUGUGAGCGGUUUUUAUUUUUCACUGCGUCAUUUGCGGCUGGGUCCCGAGUUCGUUCAGAAUGAGUUCUCGAGUGUUCAUUGGUAGACUGAGUCCUCAUGCUACAGAGAAAAACGUGGAAAAGUUUUUCAAAGGAUAUGGGAGAAUAAAGGAAAUCGAUUUGAAGAAUGGUUUUGGAUUUGUGGAGUUUGAAGAUUACAGAGAUGCGGAUGAUGCUGUGUAUGAGAUGGAUGGGAAAGAGUUAUGCAAUGAAAGAGUUACAGUUGAACAUGCUAGAGCACGCCCUAGAGGUGGACGUGGAGGGGGACGAUAUCAGGGUCGAUUUAACCAGCGUUGGUCCCGCGGUGGAGGAAGUGGAGGAGGAAGAAAUGGGCCUCCAAUUCGUACAGAAAAUCGAGUCAUUGUUGAGAAUUUGUCUUCCAGAGUUAGCUGGCAGGAUCUCAAAGAUUUUAUGAGACAGGCUGGAGAAGUUACUUUUGCUGAUGCACACAGGCACAAACUGAAUGAAGGGAUUGUAGAAUUUGCCUGUUACAGUGACUUGAAGAAUGCACUUGAUAAGCUGUCUGGCACUGAGCUUAAUGGUAGAAGGAUUCGACUGAUUGAAGAGCGUAAGCAGUACAGAUCUCGCAGCAGGUCCCGUUCCCGCACUCGCAGUUCUUCCAGGUCUCGCAGUCGAUCUCGUAGUCGAUCUCGUUCCAGAGGCCGCAAGUCCUACAGUAGAUCGAAGAGUAGAAGUCGCAGUAAAUCACGUUCUCGUAGUAGAUCACCUGCACCUGCUAAGGAGUCGAAAGGCCGCUCCCCUUCACCAUCCAAGUCACCGGUGUCAGCUGAGCGUGCAAGAUCCCGUUCUCGGUCGCGGUCUCGUUCACGGUCAAAAUGCCGUUCCCGAUCACCUUCUGGUGAAAGUGCCGACUAAAUGUUAUUGUCAAAAGUGGACUUUUACCCCCAAGUGAGUGAAAGUUGAUGUAAAAUAUGGUAAGUAGGAAGUGGUGAAUUUCUGUCAAAGGAGUCUAGAUCUUUGUUUACUUAAAUGCAUAUGUAUAGUUAUUGGAAGUAAUUUUGAAUUGAUUAUAAAUUCACUCUUUUAAUUCAAUGAUUUGUUCAACUGCUUAAUGUGAAGUUUUGUUUUUGCAUUGAUUUCACGAAUGGAUUUUUUUUGGUUUUCAUCUAUCUGUAAUAUUGAAUGCAAUUGCAUAAAAUUGUUUUUCUUGUGCAUCCUUUAAAUAAAUAUUCUACAAAACAGUGUAUGUUUAUAAUGGAUUGCACAAACCUGAUUUCUUGCAGAUGGUCAGUACUUUCUAAUUGCUAGGUAAGUUUUUAAAGAAUUUUGAGUGCUAGUCUUCAGUAUGCGAUUGGGUUAAGAAGUAACUAACUAACUUUUUUUUGUAAUGUUGAAUGUGCAUUAUUCUUUGUGGGGAAAACCUUGCCUUGUUUUUCUCAUAGCUUUAGUAUUUCAAUAGCACGCUGUCUUUUACUCCUAACGAUUGUCAUGCCCGAAUAGUCUUGGAUUAUUUGAGUAACUUGCUGUAUUGGUAUUGGACUUGAGAUGCAUGAGAAUAAAUGUAGUUUCCCUGGAAGAGGUAGAUUUUUUUUAAUGUCCUACAAAACACAAGACGACAAUGUUUUCACUUUAUUUCAUUGCCUUCAACUUAAAAGUAAUCAGUUCAUUUCCAUGCAGCUACACAAUGUGUUUUGGUUUUAACAGUAGUGCAAGAGAUCUCCUUUUGGUUCCAUUCCUUUAUCCUUGCUGAAGUAGUUGAUCUUUGGCUAAAUUUUUUCCCAAGUAAGUAGUAACUUAAGCAGUGUGGUGUAGCUUUUACAAAGUUGGGGAGUACAGAGAAGCUUGUUUCCAAUACCUAUGCUGGUUGAUGGGAAAUUGUUUGGAUAAAUAUUAAUAUUGGUCCUGAGGGACACAUUAAGUUUCAUUUCAAGCAUCAUCUUUAAAGUCAUAUGUUAAUUUUUCUAAUCUCUCAUUUGAUUUGACCUAUAUAGAUAAUUAAAGUGAAUGCAUUGCCUAUUUUGCAGAUUUCCAAAUAAAAAUUGAUUUGGAAUGGGAUUUUAUAAAGGCUGACUUCUUCUGAAGCCAAAAGUGUUGCAAGUGGCUGAAAAAUUUCCCUUGUAUAUUGCAAAGCUGAUUUGUUCAAACUGAACAGGCUUUUGUAAUUUGACAAUGCAGAACUACGUGAAAAUGCUGUGACAGAUGUAUCAGGCACACUGUUAUGAAUCACUCAGGGCAUGCUACUUGAAGCUCAUUUUUGCCAUUAUAGCAGUCAUUUCAUAGAGAGCCCUGGAGCAAUAAUGAGAUAUGAGUCAGUAGACAUGAUGGUAAUUGUUUUGUUUACUGGUGCUUCACAACUGAGGACGUCCUAGGUGUGAAGAUAUGUAUUGUGCUGGACAGCAAAGAAUGUGGCUAUUAUAAUCUCUUGCAAAAUUGCAGGGGGGGAGGGGCAGCAAUAGAGUCCUUUCCAGCAUGUGUCUGCAACCCCUGAAGGGAUCCAGUAUCGGAUGUGGAAGAAAGCCAACAAAUUGAUCGAGUAUUCCUAAGAACAGCAGCUAUAUUCAAACAAAUCCCUCCACAUCGUUAGAUCAUUGAUCAUGAAUGUCAGGCAGUAUGCAAGUCACAUGGUGACAGAUAUACCCCCUCACCCCUUCAGUAGGCUAGAACACUACAGCGCCCUCUUGGAGCAUACCAUAUGGUGUGCCUCCCGUGUGAUAUCUAAGAUCUGAUUUGAUCUUAUCCACUUAGACAUAGGACUUGUUUGUCCAUAUUCUAUUCUAACUUAAAGCAGCUAAAACAGUGAAAAUAACUUGAGCAGUCUUGGACUGAAUCUCUAUGGGAAAUUCACUCUGGCUAUAUAGCCACAGUUCAAAAGAAUCAGUAACCAUUGUUAUAUCUACUUUGUUUUCUACUUAAGAGACAAUGUGGCGUUAUUUUAGAAUUGAUUUUGGGACCUUGUGUUAUGUCCAUGAGGUCAUGCUCUUAUUGAGUAGAGAAUGUGAAGAACACAGCUGAAGAAGGACUGUGGAAUUACAUUUCCUACAUUGUCAGUUUUAGUGAUUAGGCCAGUUGAGCCAGUGUUAUUUCUAUCAACUACAAAGAAUAUUAGAGGAAGUUAGUACACUUGAAAGGAUGAUGCUUGAGGUUGUUCAUAAACACAGAUUGGUUGAAAACCUCAGUAGGAUUCCCUGCAGACUACUCAAUUACUUUUAUGAACUAAUUUCAAUGCUUAAUUGAGCCAGGAAAAAGAAUAACUUUGGCUCAUUGAGGGCUGAUCUUGCUUUACAUGGAAAGGAGGAAUUCACUUUCAUUCCUACUAUUGAACUGCUGGUGACCUCUGAAAAUGCAAGGGGCACAUCGUAUUUGGCAUACUGAUAACUUGCUAUCCCAAACAAUCAUUUCACCUGUGCAUAAUGCCCGGACUUCUGUAAAGAACAGAUACUUUCCAUGAUGGUGAAAGGUAAUAGUCUUCUCUCACAUUCCAUCAUCAGUCCAUAAGAAGAGAAACAGCAAAAAGAAGAGUUAAAUGUUAUAUUAGUACUUAAUCUCUCUAUGGUCAUAGCCCACAUCUGUGAUAGACUAGCCAAUUUAGCCUAAAUUCUUUUGAAUGGUAUUCCAAUUGUUGCCAUUACUUUGUUCUUAACCCACAUGCUUGCGGUUUAUUUUCUCUCAAAUAUUUGUGAAAUAUUGAAUCAAUUCCCACAACCCUGUGGAGAGUGCAGAGUUUAGAUCCUUCACAAUACUGAAAGAUAGAGUUGAUUUAUUUUCAAAACGCUUUGACGGUAUGUGUAUAAAUGAAUUUGCUAAUAACUACUCACUGUUUGCCAGAAGUAAAGAAAUUUCCAUUUAUAUAAGUGGUCAUGACCCAAAGAACUUCAUAUUAAUUAAAUUGUGCUAUAUUUUUCUCUGAACAUUCAACUCACUGGCUCACUAAAGGGGCUGAAUUAGUUUAUCUUGUUACCAGGUGUGUAAACUUAGAUGCUCCUGAUGGGUCAGUUGUUAGCAGAAAUUGGGGACAGGGUUGAGAGUCUCAGUCAAGCUUACAGAUGGCUUUCAUUUUAACUUUUUUCGCAUGUUGUCAAAUUGUAUUUUGCUACAUGUAGUUUACCUAAUACAAAAAUAAAAGGUUCUCCUGAAA